CCAUAACCCUUUCUCAAUUUAUGAAUUUCACGUAAACCCUAAUCCUUGACUUUGUGACAACCUCAUCAUUUUUCCUUUUCUCAUUCAUGUUUCUCUGUUGAAGUGGCUUUAGAUUUGGAGUACCACCUAAAUUUUCGAAUUAAAGCCAUGUCUGGCAUCUGGUUUUUAAUGCAGAUGUAGAGAAAUAAUUUUUGAAAAUAAGAAAAAAAAAAGUUUGUUUAGGACUAUUUAGUACCAAGAAUAGGUUUUUGUUCUUGAAAAAACAAAAAAAAGAAACAAAAAUCAUAACAUAACAUACGUUUGACAAUAAAAAAUUAUUUUUUAUUUUUUAUUAUUAAGAAAAAAUAGAGUAUUUUUAAAUAAUAUUUUUAAUUAUUUUUCAUUGUUUUUAUUUUUAUUUUUUAAGGGUUAUUUUAUUAUUAUUAUUAUUAUUUUUCAAUUUUUUUUUCUCUAAAAAAUAUAAAUUAUUAUGGAAAAUAGUUACAAACUCUUCGACAACUAAAUGGAACCUUAAUUUUAGCUACGUGUGUAUAAUCCAUCAUUCAUCACUUAGAUGAAUUUGGAAUGUAAUGAAAAUUUGCAAGCAUCUAUGCGGCAAAUAUAGGGGGAGUAGGAGUGGGAAUGUGAUAAGUGGAAGUGCGAGCAACUGGAACACUCCAUGCACUUCCAAAACUCUUCCCCACAGCAUCUCCUCCACUCAAGAUACCCAUCUGCCUAACCCUCUUUCUUUCUCCUUCUAACCCCAUUUUUUUUCUCUCUCUAAUUCUUCCUCGACUUCAACGCUCCUUUCCUCUUCUAAACUUCGAUGAUUUUUGCCUGAAAUUACAAAAUUUACUCCUUAAUUUUCUCUGUUUCUGCUUCCUAAUGUCUUCUUCUAUUCUUUUUCCUGCUGCUGGAAGCAGGGCUGGGUUCCGGGGCGACACUGUCGGGCUCUUUUUGUCCGGUGGCCGGCGUCCGAUGCCGUCUCAGUUGAAGGGUCAGAGGCUUUUUGUUCGGUCUUCUUUGGACUCAGACGUGUCUGACAUGAGCGUUAAUGCUCCAAAAGGGUUGUUUCCACCAGAACCUGAACACUAUAGGGGACCAAAGCUCAAGGUGGCUAUCAUUGGAGCUGGGCUUGCAGGCAUGUCAACUGCAGUGGAGCUUUUGGAUCAAGGCCACGAGGUAGAUAUAUAUGAGUCAAGGUCUUUCAUUGGUGGAAAAGUGGGCUCUUUUGUUGAUAGACGUGGAAAUCACAUUGAAAUGGGACUGCACGUGUUCUUUGGUUGCUACAACAAUCUCUUUCGUUUGAUGAAAAAGGUGGGUGCAGAUAAAAAUUUACUUGUGAAGGAUCAUACUCACACGUUCGUAAACAAAGGGGGUCAAAUUGGUGAGCUUGAUUUUCGGUUUCCAGUUGGUGCACCAUUACAUGGAAUUCGUGCAUUUUUGGCUACAAAUCAGCUUGAGACUUAUGAUAAGGCAAGAAAUGCUUUGGCUCUUGCCCUUAGUCCAGUUGUUCGGGCUCUUAUUGAUCCAGAUGGAGCAAUGAGGGACAUACGAAAUUUGGAUAGUAUAAGCUUCUCUGAUUGGUUCCUGUCCAAAGGUGGGACACGCAUGAGCAUCCAGAGAAUGUGGGAUCCUGUUGCUUAUGCCCUCGGGUUUAUUGACUGUGAUAAUAUCAGUGCUCGUUGUAUGCUCACUAUAUUCUCAUUGUUUGCCACUAAGACAGAAGCUUCCCUACUGCGCAUGCUUAAAGGUUCUCCAGAUGUAUACUUGAGUGGCCCCAUCAGACAGUAUAUCACAGAUAAAGGGGGCAGGUUCCAUCUUAGGUGGGGAUGCAGAAAAGUACUUUAUGAUAGAUCUGCAGAUGGAGAAACAUAUGUCACUGGACUUGCAAUGUCUAGGGCUACUAAUAAGAAGAUUGUGAGAGCAGAUGCUUAUGUUGCAGCUUGUGAUGUUCCUGGAAUCAAAAGAUUAGUUCCGGCACAAUGGAGGGACUGGGAAUUUUUUGAUAAUAUUUAUAAACUAGUUGGGGUGCCAGUUGUCACAGUGCAACUUAGAUACAAUGGCUGGGUCACAGAGUUACAGGAUCUAGAACGGUCAAGGCAAUUGAGAAAAGCUGCAGGGUUGGAUAAUCUCCUUUACACCCCAGACGCAGACUUCUCUUGCUUUGCCGAUCUAGCACUUUCAUCUCCAGAAGAUUACUACAUUGAGGGACAAGGUUCAUUGCUCCAAUGUGUGCUUACACCGGGUGAUCCCUACAUGCCUUUACCAAAUGCUGAAAUCAUAAACAGAGUUGCAAAGCAGGUUUUGGUUUUAUUCCCAUCCUCCCAAGGUUUAGAAGUUACUUGGUCAUCUGUUGUCAAAAUCGGCCAAUCCCUAUAUCGUGAGGGACCUGGUAAAGAUCCAUUUAGACCAGAUCAAAAGACACCGGUUAAGAAUUUCUUCCUUGCUGGCUCAUACACAAAACAGGAUUACAUUGACAGUAUGGAAGGAGCAACCCUGUCAGGCAGGCAAACUUCAGCCUAUAUUUGCGACGCGGGGGAAGAAUUAGCAGCACUGCAGAAAAAGCUUGGUGCCUUGGAUUCUCAAGAGUUCACGAAUGCUGCUAAUACCACAGAUGAGUUGAGUCUUGUCUGACACCUCACACCUUCAUUUCUCAAGCAUGAAAGCAGCCUGCCUUGGGGUGCUGACAGAAGUGGUUGUGACAGCAGUAUGUUUAGGUGAUGUAUGUAAUUUAAUUAAACCAUGUAAAGACUUGACAUUUAGCAAGAGAUCAACAUGUUCAUUCUCAUAUAUACACAUCAAUCAUUUAUGGUUGAUCUUAGUUGCAGCUUAUCUGCAGACAUGAAGGAAUAAUUAUCAAAAUAUUCAUGAAAAA